UCAACUGCAGCCGAGCUGGAGGAUUGUCGUUGGUGUGUGUUAGGUUUCUUUGGCGGUGAGGGUGAGGCUUUUCCCUAAAUGUCGGCCGUCUCAGGUUUGCAUCGGUGACGUGGGCCUGGCCACAGGAGCCGCCUGCAUUUUGUCAAUACGGAGGACCUCAAUCGGUUUUUUUGGUGACAAGAAAUGGGAUCCAAAGCUGACUGCAAACACCCUUGGACCAAGGACAUGCACAGGCAAGAUGCCCAAUGAUCCCUUUGAAUUUACUGUUCCUCCUCUUAUCUAAGAGCCUUGGUUGUACCAGAUAUCUCCAGCUUCAUUUUAUCAUCAUCCCAGAGAGGGUUGUUUCUAAUCUUCAAAGGCCAAAUUUCUUCUCUAAUCUACAAACUUCUUUAGCAUUUGCCACACUUCUGUGUUUUCCUAUUCUUUUGGUCCAGUGUCAUGGCUGCAAAGUGGAAUUCUACUCUCGAGUUUCAUAGGAAAUUGUCCAACUGUACAAUGAAAGAUUAUGCAAAUCCUCAAGGAGCAUCUAAUCAAUCACCUCGGUGUGAGAGGAAUGCAGCUGAUCGCUGAAUUAGCUUCUGUUGGAACGUAUUCAUGUGUAACAUCCCACUGACCGCGUGACAGCACAACAGCUCCAGGUCCUUGAAAGUCUUGAGGAUGAUUAGCUGAAGGAAUUGGCGGUUUCUGCCAAUCAUAAUCCGGCAGGGCUGCCUUUAUAGUUCUGGAGAUGCGAGAGAAAGAGGGAGGGAGGGAAAGACCGACUACAGCUAAGCAAGAAGCACAGCAGCAGUAGCAACAGCGGAGCAGGAGCAGCUGGUAUUCCGGUGAUUAAAUAGUUCUCAUAGCCUUUUUGCUGUACUCGGUCCGCUCCCUGGUGUAAUUCUCGUGUCCAAGGAGGAAGCUGCAUUUUAACGGUGUGCUGAACAGAGGUUUGAAUCAUUCCAGCUGGCUGCUUGUUUUGAAAAGGACAGUGUGUGUAUAAAUAAAAAGACACUCUGCUGGAAGAGUUCAGAUACUAGGAUUGGAACUAAAAAAGCGCUCUCGGAAUAUUGUUGAGGCAGAUUAUAUGAACUGAAAGCUCCUUCUAAUUAACCUGGAGCCAAGUGAAUCUGAAUGCUGGAUAUCUCACUUUCUAACUCGGGAUAAAUUCAAGUUAGGAUAAGAAAAAAAUUGAAAUGCUUCUCUAGAUAAUGUUUAAAGGAUUCUGCAUCAGUCUUUGGUAUUGGACAUACUCAAAAUCCCUUCUUCAACUUUUGCUCUCCUGGUCCAUUGUCUUCCAGCUUUAACUUACUUGUGAUCCCUUCAAACAUUUUACAUGGUUUGCAAUGGUUACAUGAACUUUUGGAAAGUGAUAUCUGCACCAUCUCAUACUUUAUUCACUAUGGCACUUUAGAAAAAGAAAUUGGAAAAAACUUACAAAGCAGUAUUUUAAAAAAUGAAUCUUAUUGUGAAGCUUCGGAGAAGUUUUCGAACAUUGAUUGUUCUUUUAGCUACCUUUUGUUUGGUGAGCAUUGUCAUUUCUGCCUAUUUCCUCUACUCUGGCUAUAAACAGGAAAUGACUGUUAUUGAAACCACUGCAGAAGCAGAAUGUGCUGACAUCAAAAUUCUACCAUAUCGGUCAAUGGAGCUGAAAACAGUUAAACCUAUUGAUACAUCCAAAACUGAUCCUACUGUCCUCCUAUUUGUGGAGAGCCAAUAUUCUCAACUUGGUCAAGAUAUCAUAGCUAUCUUGGAGUCUAGCCGAUUUCAGUACCAAAUGGUCAUUGCUCCCGGCAAGGGGGAUAUACCUCCUCUUACAGAUAAUGGCAAAGGGAAAUAUAUUUUAGUUAUUUAUGAAAAUAUUCUGAAGUAUGUCAGCAUGGACUCAUGGAAUCGAGAGCUUUUAGAAAAAUACUGUGUGGAAUACAGUGUUAGUAUAAUUGGUUUUCAUAAAGCCAAUGAGAACAGCUUACCAAGUACACAAUUAAAAGGCUUUCCAUUAAACCUUUUCAAUAAUCUAGCUCUAAAGGACUGUUUUGUCAACCCUCAGUCUCCUUUGCUGCAUAUUACCAAAGCCCCCAAGGUUGAGAAAGGCCCUCUUCCUGGGGAAGACUGGAGUAUUUUCCAAUAUAAUCAUUCAACCUACCAGCCUGUGCUUUUAACUGAAUUACAGACAGAAAAAUUUCUUUCAUCCUCAUCCAGCAAACCACUCUAUGCGACAGUGAUUCAGGAUCUGGGGCUUCAUGAUGGAAUUCAGCGCGUUCUUUUUGGCAACAACUUAAACUUUUGGCUACACAAGCUCAUCUUCAUAGAUGCCAUCUCCUUCUUGUCAGGGAAGAGGCUGACACUGUCCUUGGACAGGUACAUCCUUGUCGACAUUGAUGAUAUCUUUGUUGGGAAAGAGGGAACAAGGAUGAAUGUCAAAGAUGUAAAGGCAUUACUAGAGACUCAAAAUUUACUGCGCACUCAGGUUGCAAAUUUUACCUUCAACCUUGGAUUUUCAGGGAAGUUUUACCACACAGGGACUGAAGAGGAAGAUGAAGGCGAUGACCUCUUGCUUCGGUCUGUAGAUGAGUUUUGGUGGUUUCCUCACAUGUGGAGCCAUAUGCAGCCUCAUCUCUUCCAUAAUGAGUCAUCUUUAGUUGAACAGAUGAUUCUCAACAAGGAAUUUGCCCUGGAACAUGGAAUCCCUAUCAACAUGGGCUACGCAGUGGCACCACAUCACUCAGGGGUCUACCCGGUUCAUAUUCAGUUAUAUGAAGCUUGGAAGAAGGUCUGGGGUAUUCAGGUCACCAGCACUGAAGAAUAUCCACAUUUGAAACCUGCACGGUACCGAAAGGGCUUCAUUCACAAUAACAUCAUGGUCCUCCCUCGACAGACCUGUGGGUUGUUCACCCACACUAUUUUCUACAAAGAAUAUCCAGGAGGACCCCAAGAAUUGGAUAAAAGUAUCAGAGGAGGUGAACUUUUCCUCACAAUCCUUCUAAACCCGAUCAGCAUUUUCAUGACCCAUUUGUCGAAUUAUGGGAAUGACCGCCUGGGGUUAUAUACCUUUGUGAACUUGGCCAACUUCGUGCAGAGCUGGACCACCCUGAAACUGCAAACUCUGCCCCCAGUGCAACUCGCACACAAGUACUUUGAGCUCUUCCCUGAGCAAAAAGACCCUCUCUGGCAGAAUCCCUGUGAUGAUAAACGGCACAAAGACAUUUGGUCCAGAGAGAAAACUUGUGACCACUUGCCAAAAUUCCUUGUCAUCGGGCCACAAAAAACAGGAACAACUGCACUUUACUUAUUCCUUCUUAUGCACCCUUCCAUCAUCAGCAAUCUUCCCAGCCCCAAAACAUUUGAAGAAGUUCAAUUCUUUAAUGGCAACAACUACCACAAGGGAAUUGAUUGGUAUAUGGACUUUUUCCCUACUCCAUCCAACAUUACAAGUGACUUUCUAUUUGAAAAGAGUGCUAAUUACUUCCAUUCAGAAGAAGCUCCCAAGAGAGCUGCAUCUCUGGUCCCCAAAGCCAAGAUCAUCACCAUUCUCAUCGACCCCUCAGACAGGGCAUACUCUUGGUACCAGCACCAACGAUCUCAUGAAGAUCCAGCUGCCCUGAGGUUUAAUUUCUAUGAAGUUAUUACCACCGGACACUGGGCCUCACCAGACCUGAAAGCUUUGCAAAGGAGAUGCCUCGUACCUGGAUGGUAUGCAGUCCACAUCGAAAGAUGGCUAACUUACUUUGCUACUUCUCAGUUGCUAAUUAUUGAUGGACAGCAGCUGAGAUCUGACCCAGCUACUGUGAUGGAUGAAGUCCAGAAGUUUCUGGGAGUUACACCUCAUUAUAAUUAUUCCGAAGCACUAACGUUUGAUCCCCAAAAGGGCUUUUGGUGUCAGCUCCUGGAAGGAGGAAAAACCAAAUGUCUUGGAAAGAGCAAAGGCCGAAAAUAUCCACCCAUGGAUCCAGAGGAAAUUCCAAGGAUUUUAGGAGCUUUGUGCCAGCAGAAGGGUCUAGAACUUUCCUCUCUAAUUACUACCGAGAUCAUAACGUGGAACUGUCCAAACUGCUACAUAGACUGGGGCAGCCUCUGCCAUCCUGGCUGAGACAGGAGCUGCAGAAAGUGAGAUAGCACUGGAGACAAGAACCAAGGCUGCAAGGAUGCUUCCUUUUACUAUUAAAUAGAAAAAAAAAAACCCACAACUCUUGUCCCCUUAAUGAACUUGUGACUGUCAACAGAAGACUGUGUGAAUAAAUUUCCUUCUAUCUUUUUCAUAAAAUGAAAUUGGUUAUA